UCAAAGCACUGUGGGAUGCGAUACAAGGGAGCUAACUCCCUGCUUACCUGCAUCUGACGAGUUGGUGUAAUGCUAUGCACUUAAACUGCUUCAGAGUGCUUCACUACAAAUCAUACCAGGACCAGUACUAUAUUUCCGAAGAAAGUUAGGCCAGAAUCUUUGAUGCCACUCACACCGGUCUCAGCUCUAACCCAACUUCCUUGUUUCGCUUCUACCUGACAAAGUUCAUGCUUCAUCGUUUUCAGAAAUCCGAUGGCCACGUUGAGCCCCCGGUCAGUGUUUAUAACAGGAAGUUCCAGCGGUAUCGGCCUGGAACUAGUCAGACAGCUGGUGAAUCUGUCCCAUCGUCCACAGCAUCUUCUAGCUUCGUGCAGAGACCCCAGCAGCGACGAGGCGCGUCAGCUUCAAGACAUAGCGGCUGCCCACCCAGAAGUUGUCGUGGUCAAGUUGGACAUCACGAGUGACCAGGAUAUCAAGGAGGCGGUUGUCACUGCCGAGCAGGUGCUGGGAGAGGAGGGGCUGAAUCUGCUCAUCAACAACGCCGCCAUAUUGUCCAAGGUGUCCGGUGUGAGGGACGUGACGAGGGACGAUCUCGUGGGUCACUUCGACUGCAACACGGCUGGACCAAUGAUGGUGUCCAAGAGUCUCCUCCCGCUUCUACUGAAGGCUGCCAACAAAAGCUUGUCCCACCUCAGUUGUAACCGGGCGGCCAUCAUCAAUGUGUCUUCAGGACUCAGUUCCAUGUCGUUCUGUAUCAAGAAUAUGAAACAUCCUUGGUACAGCUACAUCUGCUCCAAGGCUGCCCUCACCAUGGCAACGAACAUCAUGGGGAGAGAACUCUGUAAUGAUGGUAUUUUAGUGGCCGCUGUGAACCCUGGUCAUGUUAAGACAAAUAUGGGUGGUUCGGAUGCUCCAAUCUGUGUUGAGGACUGCGUAUCAAACCUUUUGAGAACGUUUGCAUCCUUCAAUGAAAGAUCUGUUGGUCUGCUUCACUCAAAUUACGGUGAAGUAAUACCAUGGUGAAAAAUGAAAGUAAAAUCAAUUUUCAUUUAUCAAAAACUGUCCUGCCUGACUAAUGAAAAUAAAAGAAUGCAAUCAUA